AUGCCCACGGAAAAAGGAAUGUACGUGCUGGACACGGAUGCAUCAGUGAUAGCAAUCUCUGGGAUACUCCACCAAGAACAGGAAUGGAAAGGAAAUACAGUCUUGAGACCGAUAGCUUACGGGAGCAAAGUCUUGAGUGAUACAAAGAUGAAGUACGGAGCACCCAAGGCGGAGAUGUUCGCGGUAGUGACCUUUGUAGAAAAAUAUAGAUCAUAUUUGGGCAGCGAGCCAUUCAAGCUACGAGUCGACAACAGAGCACUCAGUUGGUUAAAAAGGUAUUCACUGGAUCAGAGCUAUAUCGGGAGAUGGAUAAUGUGCCUGGAUGGUUACGACAUGAUCAUCGAGCACAGGACAAGGGACAAACAUCAGAACGCCGACAACUUGAGCGAAAAGACGAAGUUUUACGAGAGACAGGAGCAAAAGGAGGCCGACAGGCCUGAGAUCAAAAAUGGAUUCUCGUUUAUGGACAAGGAGACGUACGACAAUCUUCCACUCACGAUGUGGCUUGACAAGUCAGGGAAACCAAUAGAGGACGGGCAGUCCAGGAUGAAAGCACAGAAGCUUUGCGUCCCCAGGGAAACAAUGGCCCCUUUGCAGGCAUCUCAGCCUGCAACGAGCUCUAGGAACAAAUUACCCGAUCCUUCAGACAACUACAUGGCUCCUCAAUUCCAUGAAAUAUUUGAACAAGUAGCCAGAGCGGCGAUGAACGGAAACAAUGGAACCAGCGGAAACGGACCUUCCUAA